AUGUUCUUCAAUAAAUUUAUGACACCCAUCACUUGGUUCAAUCUUCUACUAUGCAUCGCUUCUGAUAAUGAAACUUCCAAUCUACCUAAUAUCGACCCUUUUUCUGGCAUCUCAGAUAGCCUUGAUAUCUUCGAUUACAACAAUUUUGAGCCAUUGUUUAGCUCAGAAUUUCCGUUGGAUCCUUCGCAGUUCAUUGAUUUCGCUCAGUUGAGUGAAACUGAGAAUAUAAGAAGUGAAGAAUCGGGAUCUGAAACUAAUCAGAUCACAAAUUCUCCUCAUCCUGGCUUCUCCGAUAUCUAUGGCCACACUAAUUUGGAGUUAUCAGAUAUGGACUCAUACAGGAAUCUGUGGAGAGAUGCUAAUGAAGAAUUAAAAACGAGUGAUGAUAACGUGCGAUAUCCUUCCAUUAUAGAUGCUCAGAAUGAAACUUCUUCCUCACUUAAUCUCAACAGCGACGAUAUUAUCACAUAUAUGCACUUACCUGGUCCACAACAAAGUGCCGUUCCAACCCAUUUUCAUCAACUUACUCUUCCCUCAGGCGACACAUCUGGUCAACAUGGAAAUGCUGAACAAGAAUCAGAAACAGAUAAGAAAAAUUAUACUUGUUAUUACCCGGGAUGUAUAGUGACCACGAAAAAUUUCAACGAACAUGCAACACAUAAGAAAACACACGGUCAACCCUUCAUCUAUGAAUGCAAAGUGCCCGGUUGUGGACGAACAUUUGACCAUAGAUCAACAUUUUACAGCCACAGACAAACGCAUGAACCUCAUCCUCAGUGCGAGUGCUGUGGCAAAGUCUUUGUCAGCAAGAAUGUACUGAGUUAUCAUAAGAAGCGCUGCCCUACAAGAUCUCACGAACGAUGCUAUGAAUGCCUUUAUCCCGAAUGUGCUAUGGUCACGAAAAGUUAUAAAGAAUAUGUAACACAUAGGAAAACACACGGUCAGCCCUUCAUCUAUGAAUGCAGAGUGGCCGGUUGUGGGCGAACAUUCAACCAUGAUUCAACAUUUCACAGUCACAAGCAAACGCAUGAAUCUAAUCCUCAGUGCGAGUGUUGCGGCAAAUUCUUCAGUAGCAUGAAUGUACUAUUUAAACAUAGGAAACUCAGCCAAAUAAAAUCUCGUGGAAAAAGCUACGAAUGCCUCUAUCCCGGGUGUGCUGUGAUUGCGACAAGUCGCAACGAUUAUGUGACACAUAGAAAAACACACGGUCAACCCUUCGUCUAUGAAUGCAGAGCGCCCGGUUGUGGGCGAAUAUUCGACCAUAAAUCAUCAUUUUACAAUCACAUACAGAUGCAUGAACCUCAUCCUCAGUGCGAGGGUUGUGACAAAUUCUUCACCAACAGGAAUGGACUGCAAAACCACAAAAAGAUCUGCCAAACAAAAUCUCGUGGAAAAAGCUACGAAUGCCUCUAUCCCGGGUGUGCUGUGAUUGCGACAAGUCGCAAGGAAUAUAUAACACAUAGGAAAGCACACGGUCAGCCCUUCAUCUAUGAAUGCAAAGCGCCCAGUUGUGGGCAAAUAUUCGACCAUGGUUCAUCAUUUCGCUACCAUAAGCAAACGCAUGAAUCUCGUCCUCAAUGCAAGGGAUGUGACAAAUUCUUCACCAACAGGAAUGGACUGCAAAAACACAAAAAGAUCUGCCAAAAAAAAUCUCGUUAG